GGAUGAGUGGGCGUGGCGGGCGCGUGCGUUGCUGUAGGAAGGGUUGGCGGGUCAUCGUGACAUCAGCCGCCAGGUGUCAGUGUAUGACGCGACAUGUCAGGGCUGGAUUACCUUUCCAUGGCACAGUUGUUACAGUCACGGAUGAAUUGUAAAACAGAGUAAGGACGACCUAACUGUAACUCGCGCAAAUUAGCAAGUUGUACACGGGUGUAACAGAGAGCAGAGGUAACUGUACUCACGGGUGUAACUGCAGAAUUAGUUGUAGCCAACCCUGCCGACAUGGCUGUGCAACGGGUAGCAGACAGACUGCUGAAGUGCUGAGAAAAGUGAGACAGCGAGAGAGAGCGAAGAGACAGCCCUCGGGAAACGUGUCUGGUAUAGCUUUUACCGAGGCUUGACUACCCUGCCUUUGAUCUCAUGGAACUAUUUGACUGAAGCAGGACGGACAUAUUGGCAAAAUAAUGUCAACUCAAGUCCAAGCAUUCUGGCUCCAGUGGGUUGAAGACUCAUUUCCCGACCUCGACUCACGAGCCUACUUCCUGCCUCCUGUCUACUUCAACCGCGUGCCGAUGUCCACAGAGACAGUUGCUGGUCAGGAUGUUCUGGUCCUUCAGCCAGCACCUGGACAGGCUGGUCAGUCCAGCCAGGUGCCAAUGAAGUCACUCGUUGCUCCGGUACAGGACAGUGAUGUCAGAGAUGACGAAGCCAUGCAGCGAGUUCUCGUCUGUCUGCAGAAAAUGUGUGAAGUGAAAGGAGAAACUCUGUUUGGAUUGAGUCAGCUUCAGUUUGGAGAGUACCUUGGCGAGCCUUGCUACGCUGCAGCUGCUGCCAAUCUACCCACACCAGCUACUCUCCCUACUGCUCAUCCCCGAAAUUGGAAAGAGGGAGAUUUUGAUGUUCUUCUUAUUCACAGACACUACGGCUUACUCGUCUGCGAAGUCAAGUCGUUUGGCAACAAUUUAAACAAACUUAACAUGUCACAGAAAGAUGUGGAUGAUAACAUUAGCAAGAAGGUUAAACAGGCCGUGACACAGCUGCACAAGGCGGACGCCAUGUUGUCUCACCUGGUGUCUGACAUCGCUUCCGGUCUGCGCAUCACAAAGACAAUAGCUGUCCCCAACCUUACGGCAGUUCAGUUGCAGCAGGCUAUAUCUGGAAACAUCCAACUGACUCAGGACCUGUGUCGAUGUCUCGGAGCAUCAGACCCCGCUGACAUCCCGGGUCUGUGUCUGUGCUGUGACCAGCUGUCCGACCCCAAGACCCCGUGUGACGUCAGUAGUCACGUGCUGAGUGAACUCGGACACUGGUGGCAGCGACGUGUGGCUGGGGCUGGACCUGACCCUCGCAUGACAAGAAAUGUCUACAAGACAUUGGUAGCUAGGUUCUGUGGUCCGGCGACAACAGUGACAGUCCCAUGCAUCUUCUCUCCCCGCCUGUGUGUCAAGACCCUGGGUCAGGCUGUGUCACACACAGGAGAGUGCUAUACUGCUGUAAUCACACUAUUCCCGGAGCAAGUUCAUCUGCUACAUACGGGUCCUCCCACACUCUUUGUCACCGGACCGCCGGGUACAGGUAAAACCGUGGUGCUGCUGCUGAUGGGUAUAAAAUGGUUGCGAUGUGGUCACCACGUCUACGUUGUCAGCAUUUCGCUUCAAAGCCUCGCAUCGUGCACCAUGCUGUACCACCUGCUGCUGUCAUCAGGUGUGUCAACCUGUCAGCCUCACCUGCUGCAGUAUGAUUUUAACGGCGGCAAAGACGUGGAGAAGGCCGUCAACGACUUGUCACGAGCGGCGGUUGGAGGGUCGUUGUACGUCAUCGCUGAUGAAGCGGGUCCAGAUGUCAUUUCACUGAAGGAGUCCAGAAACUUCGAGACCUUCUGUAAAAAGAUACAAGCUCAGGUUCCUUCUCUUCAUCUUUGGGCGGCAAGUAUUUACAGUAAACACCUACCUGCCGGCUGGCCAAUGGAGCACUUGACCAGACCCCUCCGCUCUCCCCCGGCAGUGGUCAGAGAAGUGGAGCAGAGCGAGGACAUGGCCGAGAAACGCAAUGUCCCGACCUACAUUGACCGAGGUGUACCCGACCACACAGACGGGCCCUCGGUUAAACGGGUGUAUCACCGACGUCUGGGGCACCCAGGGUUCAAGAUACACGACUGUUUGUUGUGUGGUGGUGAGGUGGCCAGCUUCCUACUCAGUCUCCGUGUUGGUGGUGUGGGGAAUACCAUGACAACUCCCAUGGCCAUCAGCUCUACAACACCACCCACCUUGCUUUGGAAAGACGUACUGGUGUUGGCUUAUGGUGGUAUCAGUGACAACUCGGGUGUAGUGAGAGGGUUGAUACAGGCGGGUAUCCCAAUACAGAUGCUGGAGGAUAGCGACAUCGAGGACGUGGCCACGGGCCGCAGUGACGUGGUGUGGGUGACGAGUGGAGAUCGUGUGUGUGGUCUGGAGAGGAAAGUCGUCGUCUGUCUGGAUCAUCGAAAGUGUAUCCGACUUGAGUACAUGUCACGGUGCACGUCACAGCUUGUGAUUGUCUUCCCUGACGAGUAGCAGACUGAGAAUGAACCACGUGACAUGCUUGGUACCUGUGUAGUCGCGGGUCCUUCUCCCACACCAACACCUGAUUUUUUAAAAAUUUUGCCUUCACUUUAUAGCUUGUGCCCCGAAAGGUCCUACACAUUCUAGAAUUAUAUUUUUACACGACUCAUUCAGUUCCUAGUCAUCAUGUCCACCAUACUUCAGUCAAAAGAGAUAAUAUAAGUAUUAUUCCUUGUGCUUUUCUUUUUUUCUGAGACAAAAGUGCGUCCUGCAGCUGUCAUUAUCUGAGACCAUUAAUUGUUGAUUUUCAGUUAAUUGUGAAAUAAAAGGUGUCACGCAC